ACUGUCACAUUCUCAAUAACUGUAACAUCUUCUAACUGUCACAUCCUCAAUAGCUGUAACAUCUUCUAACUGUCACAUCCUCAAUAGCUGUAACAUCUUCUAACUGUCACAUCCUCAAUAGCUGUAACAUCUUCUAACUGUCACAUCCUCAAUAACUGUAACAUCUUCUAACUGUCACAUCCUCAAUAACUGUAACAUCUUCUAACUGUCACAUCCUCAAUAGCUGUAACAAGAUGCAGAAUAUCAAGUGUGUAGUGGUUGGUGACGGAGCGGUUGGUAAAACUUGUCUCCUCAUCUCUUACACUUCCAACGCUUUCCCCGGCGAGUAUGUACCUACUGUAUUCGAUAACUACAGCACCAACGUCAUGAUCAACGGCAGACCUAUUAACCUGGGGCUCUGGGAUACCGCUGGACAGGAAGAUUACGACAGGUUACGACCUCUAUCCUACCCCCAAACAGAUGUGUUUCUGGUAUGUUUCUCAAUCGUGAACCCUCAUUCCUACGGCAAUGUCAGAGUUAAAUGGCAUCCUGAGGUACGACACCACUGUCCGAGCACCCCCAUUGUGCUGGUGGGAACCAAGCUAGAUCUCCGAGACGACAAGAACACUCUGGACAAACUGAAACAGAGCAAACAAAGUCCAGUCACCCAGGCUCAGGGCUUCUCGCUGGAGAAAGAAAUAGGUUCAGUGAAGUACGUGGAGUGCAGUGCUCUGACUCAGAAAGGAUUGAAGCAAGUGUUCGACGAGGCGAUAAAAGCAGUUUUGGAGCCCAAGAAGAAGAAAGAUAAGAAGCAGCCUUGUCUACUGUUGUAAUGUACAGAUACAGUAGCUUGUGUGUCGAAUAUUGGACCUUGCAAGACACACACAAACCCACCCGUACGCAAAGCUUUGCGUACCGCGCACGCAAGCCCGUGCUGCGCGCACGCGAGCCUCUGCUGCGCCGUCAUUUCCCUAGUAUUACAAUGAACUAAUGACAUUAUUAAAAUCUGCACAAAUUGUCUGAGUGAGAAAAUGUUUGCUCAGUUUUACUGUACAAACCCCCCUCCAGGUGUACAAACAAUGUCCGCUUAUUUCUCGGAGUAUUUUGGUUGAAAAGUGUGUUUUAACGUAUAGCUGUGCGUCCUAACAAUCAACUAGAUAUUAUAUUUGAUAUAUUGUGUAGCUUUCUUAUUCCAUCAUAGUUCAUCUUUGUGGUAAAUUAAAACUAAAUUCUUUACCUUCCAUUGACGAUGACAUUUUCAGUUUGUUUUUUUGGAAGAUUUUUAAAAUUAAAAUGUCCCUUAGGCUUAGCAUUAAACUAUUUUGAUAAAGAUCACCACAGAAUGUGUUUCGAAGCGAUUGUAUUUUUGUACUAGUUCUGUAUUUUCAACUGUGUGAUAACAAGUUGCACAAAAUGGUUUUAACCGCUUGAUAAAAGUUCGAUAUUAAUGUAAGUUUUUUGUCUUACAAAUUUUACAUUUUAAGACUAGGUUUCUGAUAUUGAUAGAAUAUUUGACUCUUUCAAUACAUGCCUGUCACUUAUAAUCGGAUACACUGAAGUAACUUUCUUAGAUUGAUGAUUUCAUACAGUGUGUUUCUGUUGACGAGGCACGUGCAAUUUGUAAUUUUUGUUAUAUAUGAUUUUUACCGAUUUAAAUUUUUAUGUUUAACUUACAAUCAUUAUUAAUUGUUCUAGUGCUGAUCCAAUAUAUACGUAUCGUUUUUAGGAGAUGUUUCCACUUUUUGUACGGGCCAAGCUUAGUGUUGUUUACACUGUUUGUAAAAGCCGGGUUAAAAGUUAAUGUUAAAUAUAAGACCACAGUGUGAGCGUGCAUAUAGUGACGUCAUUAUAAUGACGUCAUUAUACUUUGUUGCGUAAUAUUCUUCUUCUGAUCCUACACUCACAUUAGUUUACCAACUAUUUACACUUCAGUUCAUUAUUUUACCUUUAAAGUAACAUGAACACACUAUUACCUUUUGAGUAUGUUCGCAGUUGGUGAGUUGGACUGAAUCGCCGUAAUCUAGUAAAAUGAAUUCCGGGAAUUGUUGAGCCUUGAAAGGCAAUUCGAUAAUUAUAAUUGGUAAUUUGAUGUUUUGAAAUCCUUCUAA